AUGUUGAGGAGGAAACCCACUCGGAUCGAGCUGAAAAUUGAUGACUGUGAAGAGUUUGAGAGCAUCAAAAAAGAACUAGAGGCUCGUAAACGGCAGCGUGAGGAGGCAGAGUCAGGUACCGCUGACAUCACUGACAUCAUGGCAGGGGGCGGGGCCUCAGCCACCACGUCAUCGACCUCGAGGGCGGAGCUUAUCAACGAGCGAAUCGGCUUUAAGCCCCACCCGAAGCCCAACACGCUGCCUGGACUGUUCAACUCACUGCAGUUCUGA